UUUGUAGUAUAUAAUGACUUGUAUCAUAUGCAACGUAACACAUAGACAAAUGACAAAAUAGUUAAAUCGACAAGAAACACUAUUUUAUUUAGCAUAUAUAGUUGAUUUAGAGAGGAGAUAUUGUACAUUUUAAACGGAAGGACUUUGACAUUUUACAUUUUGAUAGCAAUUGUAAAUAUUGCACUAUGGAUUACAGUAUAAAACUUAUCAUUUUAUUUAUGCAAAUUGUUUUCGCGGUAUCACAAGAUGACAGUUUGAAAGCAAUUGAAUAUUACUGUGGAAACAAGCCUGCAGAUGUCGUAUUCCUUCUGGACUCGUCUAACAGUAUAUGGGGACCAGAUUUUCGAAAACAAAUCGACUUCGUUGAAAGCAUAACUGAUAUGUUUACAAUUGGUCACAAUAUCACAAGAGUAGGUGUUGUAAGCUAUAGCCAUGAUAUAAGGGUAGACAUUGAUCUGGACGAUUAUUACAACAAAAAAGAAUUAUUUAAAGCCAUUCAAGAUAUAAAGCAGUACCAUGGGUACAAAACUAACACGAAGAAGGCUAUCCAAUACGCAAGAAAACACAUGUUUGGCCACCACGUAAACCAUCGAAACAAAGAUACAGUUGCUAGGAUCAUCGUUGUCCUCACCGAUGGUCAAUCUAGUAAUAUGUUAAUGACCGUAUGGGAGUCCAUUAAAGCCAAAAAUGAGGGCAUACGGAUGAUUUCCGUUGGAGUUGGUCCAAAGAUCAAUAUCCGAGAGCUGAAGAUGAUCGCCAGUAAUCCGCCGUCGGAACAUAUGUUCUUAGUCAACAGUUUUGGAACAUUGAACACCAUUAAACAAGUCCUGGCGAUCCAAACUUGUAAAGUCACGCCAAAAUCUACGACAUCAACGACACCUGUACCGACAACAACACCAACAACAACUACACCUACAACAACGACGACAAUACCCACUACAACAACAACACCAACAACCACGACAACAAUUCCAACCACAACAACAGAAUCGCUGUAUGCUGCUGCUAGAAGAAUUUGCUUCGCUGAUGGAGUUUCCGAUAUUGUCUUUGCUUUUGAUUCUUCAAACAAUGUCCGACCAAACGAAUUUAAAAAACAGCUUGAAUUUGCCAAACGUAUAAUGCACAAUUUUGUUAUUGGUCAAAAUAAAUCUAGAAUCGGAGCCAUUUUAUACAGUGACCAAGUUCAACAAUUGAUUGAUUUGCCACAAUAUGAAACUCGAGAAGGCCUCAGUUUUGCUUUGGAUAGAGUUGAAAAAUCCGCAGGUGGAACUCGAAUGGAUGAAGCCAUUCGAUACAUCAGAACAAAGUCAUUCCGAAGAAGCGUUUCUAGACGUCAUGCAGCUCAAGUUGCUAUCAUUAUCACAGCAAGCCCCUCGUCAUCGUUACAUAGAACAAAGAAACAGGCAACUGAAGCAAGAAGGGCGGGAAUCACCUUGAUACCGAUAGGAAUUGGGGAUGUAAAUAUUGAGGAACUCCGAGCGAUAGCAGGUACAACAGACGACAGCUACCAACAUAUCUUACCUACGUUCGAUGACUUGGAUUUUGUUCUUCCCAAAGUUGCCAUCAACACAUGCGAAGUUACUGAGCCAGCAAUAACAGUUUCGGAUAUGUCCUGUGGAUCAAGACAAGAGGCUGACUUGAUGUUCCUUCUAGAUAGUGUAAACGCUGGUAAAAAGAACACAAAGAAAGCUUUGGCAUUUGUACAGGAUCUCGUUAAUGAUUUGGAUGUCGACAAGGAUAAAAUUCAAAUUGGUCUUAUGGCAGAGGACGCAUGCGGGGCUCGUAAAAAAGGCAGCACCGGAUUUAAACUAGGAUCCAAGGACACAAAAGAAGAUGCAGUGGACGCACUAACAGACAAAGAGAAUGUCGACUUUGGAAGUAUGCUUAAAAGGAUGCGCAGAGGAGCUUUUAGUCAUAGGGAUGGAGGCAGACGUGAUGCGAGAAAAAUAGCAAUUUUAAUCAUUGAUGGUAAUUUGGAUGAUCCCUUGAAAGCACUUUCGGAGGCACAAAGAGCUCGUAUUCAUGGUAUUGAGGUUUACGUGAUACAAGUUGGGGAUGACCAACCACAGGAAGAGUUAAUGAUGAUGUCGGAUUCGCCCUACGGAGGAGUCAAAAAUUUCUUUAAAGUUAGCAACUAUAAUGAACUUAAAACGUUAAAGAAAAAUAUUUGGGAUUCUUUGUGCGACGAAUUGUAGAAACCAUGACGUAUAUUGACAGGGACCAAUUGAUCAGAAUGAUUGCUUAUGUCUGCGAAAGAGUGAGAAAAGUGAUGAAUGUGAUAUACUGUAAGACAGAAUUCGUUUUUUUAUAAAUCGUAUAUAUGACAUUAUGGAUGUUGCAGAAGUAUGCGUUGUGGACAAUAUGUCCUUAGAAUUCGGCGUUCCAAAGAUAUUGACGGGAGAAUAAUUGCACCCAACGCGUGGAAGUGACCGUAAAACACAAGUGUGAUUGAACGUUAAACGUUCGAGUGACCUUGAGCAUUACUUAGGAAAAGCGUUCAAGUGACACUGAACAAUCAUGAACGUAAAACGUUCACGUGACCUUGAAGGUGUUUUCUGAAACAUAGACUCAGAUGUAAGUUUACUCAGGGAGUUAGUGCUCAUGUAGAUCGAUGAACUUGAUAUGCCAGUUAUUGUUCUUUAAUUACGAUUAUGUCUUUCAUAUUACUUUUAAAAGUUAUUUCUUUGUACAUAUUCAUUAUGUAACAUAUGAUUGUAAAAUUGAUCAUUCAUUUAUACAUUCAUUGAAACCUUAUAUGCUACAUGCAUUUCAUAACCAUUUAACACGAAGUUUUGGAAGUCUCGUCGAUAAACGAGAUUUUGCGAAGAACAUGUUUAUUGCUUAGGAUCUUAUUCCCUGUUUUAUAAUUAAAAUGUACAUGUAGGUACCAUUAGAGUUAUGUGUUAUUAGCAUAUUUUGGAUGCGAUAUACACAAUGAACAUGCACAUUCUUGCACCAAGAAUGGCAUUUAUACAUAUAAGUAUGUAAGAUUAACACCUGUUGGUAAUUUUACUUCUUUACAAAUUGCAACAUUUGUUUUGUAUUAACGCAAAGUAUCCGUAAUUAAUUAGACAUAACAAUAUUCAUACGCAAACUGUUGUAUUUAAAGAAGUAAUUUUACUGAUGAUGUGGUUGAUCACUGCCAGGAGGAUCCGAGAGGGAAUAUAGAUCUCGUAUGAUAUAAUUAAUGUAUGCUUUAAGUAUGUGAUACUAACCUAGACGUUAAGCUUUACUAUUUUACAAAUAUAUUUAUUGUAUACACCAGUAAGUUAACAAUGAACUUUUAUGAUCGUUCCAUCUUGACAGGAUCUAUAACUGUAUUAGGGUCAGGAUUGGGGGGUUCUUCAUUUCUGUGUUCUAUAAUAUUUUAGCCAUUUUUCUACAUUCUUUAAUUUUUUAUGCCUUUAAUCUCUAUUCUUCAUAUUUUAGCACCCUAUUAUUCUCUAUUCCUUUUUUUGCCUAUUUUCUCUAUUCUUUAUUUUUUUUGCCCUUUAUUUUGCAAUUUUUGCCACUUAUUCUCUAUUCUGUAAACCCCAUCCAGACCCUCCUGUAUAUCCGAAUAUAAAUUACUAUAAUGUACUGAUGUAAAAUUCAUGCAAAUUUACUUGCAUUCAAAAGGAUAUACAGUUGAAGAGGGUUUUUUUUGUCGAAAAGAGUCAAUGGGAUUGUUUCGGUUAUAUAAAGUUAAACAUCUCUUUUGAUGAAAAAGACAAAACUUCAUACUGAAUACUUGAAUAUUAGAAAAACCAGACUAGUCAAGAUGAAAUGAUUCAUAUUUAUUUGUUGUUAUUUUAUUGGUGAAUGUUUUGUAUAUUUAAUACUAUGUCGUUAUAAUAUGUACCAUUUUUAUAUGUUGACAAAAUAAAGUUAUACAAUCGCUUAA